AAAACGAGAGACACGUGUUAUAAUGUGGUAAAAUUUGAGGUUCGCAAAGGAUAAGGAAGGGGCGUAGACCGUUCCACGGUUUCAAGUCCAGCAAAGGAAGAACAAAAUUGCAAUCUUCUUUCAAAUGGAUAUUAUUCAUACACACUAUUCAAUACCAACUUUUAUAUCUCAUCGUUUCUCUUCUUUAUCAUCGUCCUCUUUCCCCUUUAAAACUCUCUGUUCCAAAAGGGACGAAUCUCAAACAAACGGCAAUAACAAUAACAAAGAUGAUAAAUCUUCAACGGAUUGGGACAAGGCAUGGUCAAGAUUCAAGAAGCAAGGAAGAAAAACUCUGUUCUCAAAUUUUUCUCCAAACAAGUAUGUGAGUUGGAAUCCUAGGCGUUCAGAUUUCCCACCUUCUGAAGAGAUUGAUCCUAUAAAGAGAACAGAGAGAUCAAAUCUCAAAUUCUGGACUAGUCCUACUUUUACUCUAGGUGGAGCACUUAUAAUUCUCUUAUUUCUUUUGUUGUAUACUCUUCAAUCACCAAUCAACAAGUAAUUUGAAUUAUAGAAUUUGGAAAUUAAAUAAAUAUUUGUCUCAUAGAAAAAUGCACAUUGUUUUCUAUUAUUAUUAUUGUAAUUGAUGGAGGCUUUGGUGGUUGCUUUUCAUACACCGUGUAACUAGCUAAAUGUUAAUCAAUUGUUAUUAAUCAA